AUGGGAGGCAACUAUUCCGCUAUGGAUCCGAUGGAAGUGCCUGUGCCUGAGAUAGAGGUUUUAUUUCAAAGAGAUGGUUAUUUAAAACCUUAUGAACGUGAAAUUCGCCGCAGGUAUGGCUGCUUCAGAGACUUGUGGGACAAAAUCGAGUCUUGGGAGGGGGGGCUGGAUGGAUUCACAAAGGGAUACAAAUAUUUUGGACCACAAUACAACUCUGAUGGGUCGGUGACGUGGAGAGAAUGGGCGCCUGGAGCUCACUCCUUACACUUACAGGGGGAAUUUAACGGCUGGAACUCAAAGAGUCAUCCUUUUAAGAAACUAGAGUUCGGCAAAUGGGAGCUGCACAUACCGGCUACCUCUGACGGCUCCUGUCCCUUAAAGCACGACAGCCGAGUACAAAUCAUAGUCAAUGAAAACCUGUACAGGAUAUCACCGUGGGCCAGCUAUGUCAAGCCAUUCGAGGGGUUCACAUACCAACACUUUAUAUACAAACCUGAACACCCGUAUCAAUUCAAGCAUAGUAAAGUAGAUAAGCCGAAGUCCCUACGGAUUUAUGAGUGCCAUGUAGGCAUCGCAACACCAGAAGGCAAAGUUGGAACUUACAACGAAUUUAAGGAAAAUGUCCUGCCUAGGAUUAAGAAUCAAGGUUAUAAUGCAAUACAACUUAUGGCCAUAAUGGAACAUGCAUACUACGCGUCAUUCGGAUACCAGGUCACAAGUUUUUUCGCUGCUAGCAGUCGUUACGGUACGCCUUGCGAGCUGAAGCAGCUGGUGGAUCGAGCGCACGAGCUCGGCCUGUACGUACUCCUCGACGUGGUGCACUCGCACGCCUCUAAGAACACCCUGGACGGACUCAACGAGUUCGACGGCACCAACUCCUGCUACUUCCACGAUGGAGCGAGAGGCACUCACUCAUUGUGGGACAGUAGGCUGUUUAAUUAUUCCGAAACAGAAGUUUUAAGGUUCCUGCUAUCAAACCUUAGGUGGUAUCAAGAAGAAUAUCAGUUCGAUGGAUUCAGGUUCGACGGCGUUACCUCCAUGCUGUAUCACAGCCGUGGUAUAGGGCAGGGCUUCUCUGGACAUUACGACGAGUACUUCGGCUUGAAUGUCGACACUGAAGCGUUAGUUUACCUUAUGCUUGCCAAUGAGAUCGUACACAAGAUUGAUAACAGAGCUAUUACCAUUGCUGAGGAUGUAUCAGGAAUGCCCGCAUCUUGCCGCCCGUUAAAAGAAGGUGGCACCGGCUUUGAUUACCGACUAGGUAUGGCGAUCCCCGAUAUGUGGAUCAAGCUGCUGAAAGAGGAGCGUGACGAGGACUGGAAGAUGGGGCACAUUGUUCACACCCUCACGAACAGGAGGUGGAUGGAAGGCACUGUAGCGUACGCUGAGAGUCACGAUCAGGCGCUGGUGGGCGACAAGACGAUCGCGUUCUGGCUGAUGGACGCGGCCAUGUACACGCACAUGUCGACGCUGAGCGCGCCCAGCGCCGUGGUGGAGCGCGGCAUGGCGCUGCACUGCAUCAUCCGCCUGCUCACGCACGCGCUCGGCGGGGAGGCCUACCUCAACUUCAUGGGUAACGAAUUCGGUCACCCAGAAUGGUUGGACUUCCCACGCGCCGGUAACAACUCGUCAUACCACUACGCACGUCGACAAUUCAACCUAGUCGAUGAUGAACUGCUUAAAUACAAGUUCUUGAACUUAUUCGACAAAGAUAUGAACGAUUUAGAAAACAAAUAUGGAUGGUUAAGUUCUAAUCCGGCCUAUGUAUCAUGUAAACACGACGGUGACAAAGUGAUCGCAUUCGAGCGCGCCGGUCUGUUAUUCGUGUUCAAUUUCCACCCUUACCAGAGCUUCACUGACUACAGGAUCGGCGUGGACGUGGCUGGCAACUAUAAGGUGAUAAUGUGUUCAGAUAGCAAGAGGUAUAACGGUCACGGCCGAGUAGAGCCAGAUAAAGACGUUCAUCCCACUCAAGGUAUUCCCUGGGGUAACAGGAAUGAUUCUGUGCAGGUUUACAUCCCUUCCCGUACAGCAAUUGUCUACGCACGAGUGAACUAA